GUCAGAGGCAGAGCGGGUUAUUUAAACUGUGCGUUACUGCAUCGGCAUGAGGAUUUACCGGUGUUGGUUCUGUUCGAGUCCAAUAUAUCCUGGUCACGGAACCCUUUUUGUUCGCAACGACUGUAAGGAAUUCCGUUUCUGUAGAGGAAAAUGCCAUAAAGCUUUCAAAAAGCAUAAAAAUCCCCGCAAAGUAAAGUGGACUAAAGUAUCAAGAAGAGUACGCGGAAAAGAGCUGACUGAUGAUUUAGCUCAAACAUUUGAAAAGAAAAGAAAUUUGCUAUUCAAAUAUGAACGAACAGCAGUUCAAAAAAUAGUUACUGCUGUCCCAAAAAUUGAUCAGAUUAAGCAUAAACGCGAGUCUGCAUUCAUAAAGAAACGCCUUUUAAAAGGAGUACAGUUACGCAAAGAAGAGGACAUUAAACUUGUCAAUACUCAAAUGCAUUUGAUUGAAGCUCCUGGAGUGAAAAGAAAACGUGCACUCAUGGAUGUUGAUUCAGAAUCAGAAUUAUCAGAUGAAACAAUGGACCUUUCAACCACUGAACUCGAAAAUGAGACCAGCAAAAGAAAAGUAUCUGAGAAACCGAAGACUCGUGUUAAGAAACAGAAAGUCGCAUUGGAAGCUAAAUGAUCGAAAAGACCUAUAUAUUAAUCUUCUCCUUAUUUGAUAUAUCAAUUGUUUUCCCUCAUUUAGUGGUUGGUUUUCGUCUGUGCUAUGUGCGAUAGAUUGUGAAUUCUGAGAGUAUCUGCGUUAUACUAUUGUUUAUCAUUGAUUUGACACUAUUCAUAGCUUGUAACAUUAUGACAUCAAGGCUUCACAUGCGUAACAGCUAGUUGUCUUCUUAAGGUUCUAUACAUUUAUUCCCCUUGAUGAAUUUCAACGUAGUAAGAGCUGCAAGCUCAGAUUAAAAUGAUGUCAUUUUUUGUCGACUGCAUGCAAUCUGAAUAGAUAAGUAAACAAUCGUGUA